AUGUAUAACACUUCGUCUCUUUCCUCCAUCUGCUCUUCCGGGCAGCUUCCCAAUCCAACGCUCUUUGGUGCAAAGAUCCUCUCCGUGUCCACCAACUUGGUCACAAACUACAGCGCAUACGCCCCCGAGGCAUACAACUUCAAUCAUCCUUCCAUCUACGCGGACAAUAUCGACUUUUGCAAUGUCACCGUCACUUACACGCAUCCCGGCCAUGACGAUCAGAUCAACGUUGAAGCUUGGCUUCCCCUGGAAUGGAACGAUCGCCUGCAGGCUGUGGGCGGAGGCGGCAUGGUUGCCGGUCGCUUCGGUCUCUCCUACAUCUUCAUGGCUGGGGCCAUUGCUCAAGGUUAUGCGACUGUCAGCACCGACGCUGGUGUGUCAACCGAUCCAUCCGGCUAUACGGAAUGGGCAUACCUGAGCCCUGGGAACGUAAAUCUGCAUGCUAUGGAGAACUUCGGCUUUAGGGCACUGAACGACGAGGCCAUAAUUGCCAAGAGCGUCAUCGAAAGUUUCUACGGACGUCGGCCCCAGUACUCUUACUGGAGCGGCUGCUCUCAGGGAGGUCGGCAGGGCCUCAUGCUUGCUCAGCGUUAUCCCACCGCGUAUGACGGAAUCGUUGCAUCAGCCCCGGCAAUCAAUAUCCCCUCCUUCGCGCCGUCGUUGUACUGGCCGCAGCUGGUGAUGAACCUGCAGGGCGAAUAUCCGUACAACUGUGAGAUCAACGCCAUUACCGAUGCUGCUGUUGCCGCAUGUGACGGGCAAGAUGGCAUUACGGAUGGCAUUAUCGCUGAUCCGGAUGCAUGCGACUUCGAUCCCUUCAGCGUCGUGGGAAAGACGGUCAACUGUUCUGACACCGGAGCUCCGGUGAAAAUCAGUCGUGCCGCUGCCAUAGUUGCCAACGCCACAUGGUCUGGACCCAUAUCGCCUGAGGGAAAGCAGCUGUACUACGGCAUGGAAAAGGGAACACUCCUGGCGGGGACCGAGGGGGACGCUGCCGGGAUCGCCUCGACCGAAUGCAGCAGCAACGGAACCUGCACCGGACAAACCGGCAACAGUGGUGCCGGUUGGUUGACAUCCACCGUCCUCAAGGAUCUUUCCUUCAACUUGACCGACUUGAAGCAGGACGAAUAUUCCUGGCUGAUGCACCUCAGCAAGAUGGAGUGGAGAUCCUUGUGGAGCACCGACGAGCCGGAUUUGACCGCGUUCCGCAAUGCAGGUGGCAAGAUUCUCAGUUAUCAUGGACUCGCCGAUCCCGCGAUUCCGCCCAAGGGUACUCGUAGCUACCAUGAGGCUGUUGCUUCCGUCAUCCCGGAUGUGAACGACUUCUUCCGCGUCUUCGAGGUCCCAGGUCUUGGGCACUGCUCUGGUGGCAACGGUGGACAACCAACCACUAUUUUUGACCAAAUGCGCGCGUGGGUUGAGAAUGGUACUGUGCCGGAAACGAUUCCCAUCAGCUUCCAAAACAGCAAGAACGAGACCCAGAAUCGGAUUCUCUGCCCGCUUCCGUUGAAGACAACUUUCAAUGCUAGCUGCGGCGAUGGCUCCAAGGCGGAAUGCUUCAGUUGUGAGAAGAACUAG